AUGCGGACUGAAGGGUUGAAAUACGUGACAGCUAUAUUAACUUUUCUUAUUCUCGGAAGUGCCGAAGGAGUGUUUCGGAAUUAUGAGUCUCUAAAGACCACUGUGAAUAUUGGUGCGAUUUUUCCUCCUGGUUCUGUGUCAGAAGUUGCAUUUGCAUCGGCACUCGCCCGAGCAUCAAUGGAAAGUGAGAAAUAUCAUUUCGUUUUGAAGACUGUUUACGCUCCGCUUAGUGACAGCUUUGCAGCAUCUGUAGCAGGUGUAGUAGCUAUAUUUGGACCAACAGACAGCGUGUCUGCUUCAGCCGUGGAAGCGCAGUGCCGAGCUCUCGAUAUUCCUCAUAUUCAAGCAGUUUGGCGUCCACCUGUCGUAAGAGGGUUACAAAUACCAAGCCCUCCUGGAAUCAACCUGUUUCCUGAAGCAGUGGCUCUAUCAAAAGCUGUCGCCCUUUUCAUUAAAGAUAGCGAUUGGAACACCUACACACUUUUGUAUGACGACGAUCAAGGUCUUAUAAGACUACAAGAGAUCCUCAAAUAUGCUGAUCCAGAACACAAGUGGCGUGUUCGUAGACUAAUACCGGGAGAAGACAAUCGUACUUUAUUGAAAUCAUUGAAAGCCACAGGCGAAACCAGAGUGAUUCUCGACUGUCCAGCAGACAGAGUACUACACUACCUUCGUCAAGCAAACGAGGUGAAAUUCUUUGAAGAUUACAUGAGCUAUGUCCUCAUGUCCCUUGACGCCCAUACAUUAGACUUGGAAGAAUUGCGUUAUGGUCUAUCAAAUGUCACCUGCUUAAGGAUUUUCGAUCACUCUGACUCAAGAACUAGAUCUUAUCUGGCAGACUGGAAGGUAAAGGGAUCAUCAGAUGUCAAAAUUCCGAAACAAACCUAUGAAAUAACUGUUGAAACAGCUUUAGCCAGUGAUGCAGCUCGACUUAUAACAGAUGCAAUUGAAAGUUCACCAGAUGAAUUUAAAAUAGAAGGACAACCACUAGAGUGUGGUUCAGACGAAAAAUGGGAGAAAGGAAAAGAUUUCACGGAUCAUUUACUAACGAAUCCUUUAGUAGGUAUAACAGGCAAAAUUGCUGUUGAUAACAUUACCGGAGAGCGAACCAAUUUUGAUGUUGAAAUAAUGGAACUUUCGAAUAGUGGAUUCAGUCGUAUAGCUAAAUGGAAUGCAGAAAUUGGUUUCGAGUAUGUUAGAUCAGCCAACGAAGUUUCUGAUCUUUUAACAGAAAAAUGGCAAAACAAAACAUUUAAAGUAGUAUCCCGAAUCGGAGCACCAUAUCUUAUCGAAAGAAUUCCAGAGGAAGGAGAAGUGUUAACGGGAAAUGACCGUUACGAAGGAUAUUCAAAAGAUUUAAUACACGAAGUAUUAAAAGAGACAUUGAAUUUAAAUUAUGAAAUCGAAAUUGUACCUGGCAAUUUAUAUGGAUCGUAUAAUAAAGACACGAAAAAGUGGGACGGCCUCGUUGGUCACCUUUUGGAAAGGAAAGCCGAUUUAGCUUUAUGCGAUCUUACUAUAACGUAUGAACGAAGAUCUUACGUAGACUUUACGACACCAUUUAUGACUUUGGGCAUCAGCAUUUUAUACUCAAAACCUACACCACCUGAGCCAGAAUUGUUUUCAUUUUUAAAACCAUUCUCUGUUGAUGUUUGGAUUUAUAUGGCAGCUGCAUAUUUAAUGGUGUCAUUACUCCUACAUGUUUUAGCAAGAUUAGCACCAAAUGACUGGGAAAAUCCGCAUCCUUGUGACAAGUCCCCUGCAGAGUUGGAAAAUAUAUGGCAUAUAAAAAAUUCUUGUUGGCUAACAAUGGGAUCGAUCAUGACUCAAGGCUCAGAUAUUUUACCAAAAUGGAUAUGUGGUAUGUGGUGGUUUUUUGGACUUAUAAUGUGCUCAUCAUACACAGCAAAUCUCGCUGCGUUUCUCACGAAUGCCGCUAUGGAUGACUCGAUCAAAAAUGCUGAAGAUUUAGCAAUGCAAACGAAAAUUAAAUAUGGAACCGUAAAAGGAGGGUCAACAUAUUCAUUUUUUAAAAGAUCCAAUGCCUCCAUAUAUCAAAGAAUGUGGGGCGCGAUGGAGUCAGCGAAACCGUCAGUAUUCGUAGCUAAUAAUGACGAAGGUGUAGAAAGAGUGCUUAAAAGUAAAAGAGCUUAUGCAUUCUUCAUGGAAUCGACAGCAAUUGAAUAUCAGUUAGAGCGACACUGUGAUCUGAUGCAAGUUGGAGGCUUACUCGACUCCAAAGGUUAUGGAAUAGCGAUGCCUUUUUUUUCGUCGUAUCGCACAGCUGUAGACAAUGCGGUAUUAAAAUUAGCUGAAAGCGGUAAAUUAGUGGAACUCAAGAAUCGUUGGUGGCAGGCGCCCGCCUCUGGAGCUUAUGCCGAAGACGGUGCCGCAGGAGAGUUAGGUGUAGAUAAUGUCGGUGGUGUGUUCGUAGUACUAGGUGUCGGAUGCGGUAUAGCAGCUGGGAUGGGAGUGUUUGAAUUCCUCAUGCAUGUCAGAGAAGUCGCAAUAGAACAAAAGAUGACGCAGACUGAUGCAUUCUGGGCUGAAUUAAUAUUCGCUUUAAGUUUUUGGGAAACCGAGAAACCUGUACAGCACUCUAGACCAUCUUCUACUGCAUCUAGCUCUGGAUCAGGAUCGAACGCAGGGUCCAGAGCAUCAUCAGUUUUGCGUUCAGCUGCUGAUCUAUUUCAUUUAGAUAUGUUUAAUAAAUAA